AUGGACUCGUCAGAAUCCGUGAAUGGUCAUAACUAUGCGAAAUACAUCGAACCACCAGAACUACCUUUGAGGUAUAGGACAUCUCUAGAUGGGACACGUUAUUCGCGUAGCCGUCGUCAUCGUUAUCGUCACCGAUCGGGACAAACUCAUGGUAUUAUCGAGAAAAUCCGGAAUUUUUCGGAAAAUACUACGGCACACGGUGUCCGCCGAAUAUUCAUUGCCCGGAAUGCUUAUACGGCACGGCUGUGGCUGUUCGGAAUAAUCCUUUGCUUUGUCAUUCUUAUUGUACAGGCGCAUCAUCUAGUGAUGAAGUUUAAUCGAUAUGAAAAAAUCACCAGUAUUGAGCUUAGAUUCGACUAUAUGCAGUUUCCGUCGGUGACUUUUUGCAAUUUAAAUCCAUACAAAAAAAGCUUGGUUCGGCUGGUACCAUCGGUGAAAGAUACGAUGGAUGUUUACGAAAAUGCAAAAUCUGGCCGCAAGCAUCGUAUAAAAACUCCUGGGCCAUUUCGAGCAAAUCGUAGAGAUCAGUUGGAUCAGAAAGAACGUCUGUUGGAGCUUUUCAGCAGUGAGCAGGAACAUGAUUUAAGCGUCAAAUACUGGGGGAAUGUGAAAUCACGAAGAGAGAUCAAAGCCGAGCCCCCUGAUGGUACCAGUGGUACUGAAACAACGGAAGAGACAGGAAGUAACAGAAGUCACAAGGCUGCUUCAACUUCUACAGCUGACUUUACAUUCAGUGUUUCAACGUUAAGCAGUCUGACUUCAAUAUCAAGGAGAAAACGACUGGUACGUUACUUUUACCAACGUAUGGUACUUCUGGUGAGGCUCAAGAGGUGA